GCCUAGCCAACAUGGCGAAACUCAGUCUUAACUAAAAAUACAAAAAUUUUCCGGGCAUGGUGGCGGGCUCCUGUAAUCCCAGCUACUUGGCAGGCUGAGGCAUGAGAGUCGCUUGAACCUGGAGGAGGAGGUUACGGUGAGCUGAGAUCGCGCUACUGCAUUCCAGCCUGCGCGACGGAGCGAGACCCUGUCAAUGAAUCAAUCAAUUGAUCAAUAAAGGAAAGAAAAACAGAAACCGUUCUACCAAGUCGCUCAAUGCCGUGACCUUCACAUCGACGCUCAAUGAACGUUCUCAGAAGGGAAUCGCCUCUCCUCCCGGCCUCCUCGCCUGGGUGAGGGCCGCAGGCUGCUGCGGGAGCCUCUUUCGCGAGCUUCUCGCCCAGGAGCGCCCGGCCUAGGAGAGGGACUACAAGUCCCAGGCUGCCUUGCGGCGGGCGCCAGACGCGCCGGCCUGCGAGGAGACGUGGCAGAGCGCCGCGUCCCCACUCGGGACCGGAAAGCCGGGGAGGUGGCAGAGGCGAGAAGGUUCCCAGCCAUGGCGGCCAAGACGGCGGGUGUGGGGCGCUGGGAGGUAGUGAAGAAGGGCCGGCGGCCUGGGGCCGGUGCUGGCGGCCGAGGCGGCGGCGGGGACCGCCGGGCACUCGGGGAGGCAAAUGGAGUGUGGAAAUACGACCUGACGCCUCCAAUCCAGACCACAAGCACCCUUUAUGAGCGGGGCUUUGAAAAUAUCAUGAAGCGGCAGAAUAAGGAGCAGGUCCCACCCCCUGCUGUGGAGCCUAAGAAACCAGGGAACAAGAAGCAGCCAAAGAAGGGGGCAACUCCUCCCAACCAAAACCAGAAGCAGGGGCGCUUCCGCAGCCUGGAGGAAGCACUGAAAGCUCUGGAUGUGGCAGCCCUGCAGAAGGAACUGGACAAGAGCCAGAGCGUGUUCUCUGGAAACCCAUCCAUAUGGUUGAAGGACCUGGCCAGCUAUCUCAACUACAAACUCCAAGCUCCUCUAAGUGAACCCACGCUGAGCCAGCAUACUCAUGAUUAUCCCUACAGCCUGGUGAGUCGGGAGCUGCGUGGGAUCAUCCGGGGGCUGCUGGCGAAGGCAGCAGGGUUUCUGGAGCUCUUUUUUGACCACUGUCUAUUCACCAUGCUGCAAGAGCUGGAUAAGACACCAGGGGAUUCACUGCAUGGUUACCGCAUCUGUAUCCAGGCCAUCCUGCAAGACAAGCCCAAGAUUGCCACUGCAAACCUAGGCAAGUUCCUGGAGCUGCUGAGGUCCCAUCAGAGCCGACCAGCAAAGUGUCUGACCAUCAUGUGGGCCCUGGGUCAAGCAGGUUUUGCCAACCUCACCGAGGGACUGAAAGUGUGGCUGGGGAUCAUGCUGCCUGUGCUGGGCAUCAAGUCUCUGUCUCCUUUUGCCAUCGCAUAUCUGGAUCGGCUGCUUAUGAUGCAUCCCAACCUGACCAAGGGCUUUGGCAUGAUCAGCCCCAAGGACUUCUUCCCACUCCUGGACUUUGCCUACAUGCCUAACAACUCCCUGACACCCAGUCUGCAGGAGCAGCUGUGUCAGCUCUACCCUCGACUGAAGGUGCUGGCAUUUGGAGCCAAGCCGGAUUCCACCCUGCACACCUACUUCCCUUCUUUCCUGUCCAGAGCCACCCCUAGCUGUCCCCCUGAGAUGAAGAAAGAGCUCCUGAGUAACCUGACAGAGUGCCUGACGGUAGACCCCCUCAGCGCCAGCGUCUGGAGGCAGCUGUACCCUAAGCACCUGUCACAGUCCAGUGUGCUGCUGGAGCACUUGCUCAACUCCUGGGAGCAGAUUCCCAAGAAGGUACAGAAGUCUUUGCAAGAAUCCAUUCAGUCCUUUAAGCUUACCAACCAGGAGCUGCUGAGGAAGGGCAGCAGUAACAACCAGGAUGUCGUCACCUGUGACACAGCCUGCAAGGGCCUGUUGCAGCAGGUUCAGGGUCCUGGGCUGCCCUGGAUGCGGCUCCUCCUCUUGCUGCUGGUCUUUGCUAUAGGCUUUCUGUGCCAUGACCUCCGGUCACACAGCUCCUUCCAGGCCUCCCGUACUGGCCGGUUGCUUCGAUCAUCUGGUUUCUUGCCUGCUAGCCAACAAGCCUAUGCCAAGCUCUACUCCUACAGUCUGCAAGGCUACAGCUGGCUGGAGGAGACACUGCCGAUCUGGGGCUCCCACCUGAUCAUUGUAGUGCGGCCCAGCUUGCAGCUGGCCUGGGCUCACACCAAUGCCACAGUCAGCUUCCUUUCUGCCCACUAUGCCUCUCACCUUGCCUGGUUUGGUGACAGCCUCACCAGUCUCUCUCAGAGGCUACAGAUCCAGCUCCCUGAUUCACUGAAUCAGCUGCUCCAUUAUCUGAGAGAGCUGCCCCUGCUUUUCUACCAGAAUGUGCUGCUGCCGCUGUGGUACCUCUUGCUUGAGGCCCUGGCCUGGGCCCAGGAGCACUGCUAUGAGGCAUGCAGAGGUGAGGUGACCUGGGACUGCAUGAAGACACAGCUCAGUGAGGCUGUCCACUGGACCUGGCUCUCCCUCCAGGACGUCACAGUGGCUUUCUUGGACUGGGCACUUGCCCUGAUAUCCCAGCAGUAGGCCCUCUGGCCAUUGGUUUCUGCGUGGACAGACAGACCAUCCAAGACUGCAACGGGGAGAAGGCGGCAGUUCUGCAUGGGAGUCGGUUUGACUUGGUGCCUGAGUUCUCUCCUAAACAAGUGGCCAGGUGCCUCCACCUCAGUUCUUCCAUCUUUGGUGGGGACAGGGCCCAGCGGCAUCUCCUCCUGCCCACAGUUUCACUGGACGCUUCUCUGGCCCUACUGCACAUGGCCCCCAGCCUCCGUCCUUGUGCUGAUGGCCUCUCACAGCUCUUGCCCUCUGCCUUCCACUUCCCUCCAUCUCAUUUCUAAACCCCAAACAGCUCGUCUCUAAAAAGAUGGAACUCCCAGCAAGCAGUUUCUGUGUUCUUCUGACAAAUAUUCCUGCUUCUCCAGACUUCAGCAGCCUCCUGUUCCCAUUCUUGGUCACAGCUCUAGCCAGCCACAGCAGAAGGAACAGGACUUCCAGAAGAAUAUAGCACCACGUUGGGAAACAGCAGCCUCACCUCCAUCCCCGAAGCCUGGGUGUGGCUUUCAGUGGACAUGGGGGGCUGGAUGAAAAUGCCUCUCACCUGAAAAGGGCCCUCACUUCAAAAUGCCCAACUUGCCCCAAAUGCCUCAUAGUCCUGCUUCUUCCAACUUUCCAUUCCCCAUCAUGCUUGGGGGCUCUGCUACAAGGCUCACCUUCUCUCCACUGUCUGCCCUGCCUAUCGUUUGUCUGGAGAGCAGAGCCCAGGUAGUUGUGUGCCUUGGGCCCAGGGAACCUUCCAUCUGCCUGUUGAGACAGGACUCAGCAUGUUCUUGGGGAUGCCUACCAGGUGGAAUAAAGGACACAUUUGAUUUCUA